AUGGCAUACAUAUGUAGCCAGCCCAAUGCCACUCCGGGCCUAACACUACUGGAGGAGAACUUGCGGAAGACCCCGCAGGAGGUGCUUUCGGAGUUCUGGGACAAGUUCCACACCAAAUACCCGGGAAAGGUUACUUCCAUCUUCCCUCGUAGCUUGUACCGGGAUAUUCUGCCGCCCAUCGACCCUAGGGGUGCGAGGUCGUGUCGCGACAAGGUCAAACGUAUUGUGCGCGAGUGCAACCGCACCAACGAGAAGUUCACUGACCCGGACUUUGAUAUUGAGCAUGACGCGAACAAUAACUGUCUCAACGGCCUGGUCAGGUACGACGAGCGAGCCAGCGAUGCCGCCAAGUCGGGUCCGCCCGUGAGCUCCUGGGACUUGAGAACCAGUCUUCAGACCCUCGCCGACAGUCAGAUGCUUGGCAGCGGUGGCACCGUUCCCGUUGAUGUCGCCGCCUUGGGCAAGUUCCUCGGCUCCAAUGGCGAAACUCCCUGGGCGUUUGACGGCGUCUCGUUGGGCGAGACGUACAACCCCGGCUCCAUCCACCGUAUCGAUUGGAUCUUUGAGUCGCCCCAGUUCACUGUCGGUGGCUACUCGAGCUCCGAUAUCAAGCAGGGGGCGAACGGUGAUUGUUGGUGGUUAGCGGCCGUAGCUACAAUCGCCCAUAGAAAAGACCUCAUGGACAGAGUCUGUGUCGCUCGUGACGAAGAGUGCGGCGUCUACGGUUUUGUGUUCCAGCGGGAUGGCGAGUGGAUCUCCACGGUUGUUGAUGACAACCUCUACUUGAACGAAACCGACUUCGACUACUAUCACGACGUCUACGAUGCUACGGGGAGGAAGGCUAGAUUGUACCGCAAGCAGAAGCAGACGGGCUCCGAAGCUUUGUAUUUUGCCCGUUGCGAGGAUCCCAACGAGACUUGGCUUCCAAUUCUCGAAAAGGCCUACGCCAAAGCUCAUGGCGACUAUCAGGCCAUCUCAGGAGGGUGGCCAGGGGAAGCAGUCGAAGACAUGACGGGCGGUGUUACCUCCACACUCGCCACAAACCGUGUUUUGAGCAAAGAUAAGCUCUGGAAAGAACUUUUCAACAGCGACGGAGAAUUUGUAUUCGCCCCGGCCAUGGGAACAGGCUGGGACUGGCAGAAGAAUGGUCUAGCCCUUGGCCAUGCUUACUCUAUCCUCCAGUCGAGGGAGGAAGUCGACGAAGACGGAAACAAAGUCCGACUUGUACAGAUCAGAAACCCAUGGGGUGAGCGCUCGUACUCUGGCGUUGGCGAGUGGAAUGGCCCUUGGUCAGAUGGCUCCAAAGAGUGGACUCCGUACUGGCUUAGGAAGCUAGGUCACACCUUCGGCGACGAUGGCAUAUUUCGGAUGAGCUACAAAGAUAUGCUAGACACUUUCGUAUUUAUACACCGCACACGUCUGUUCGAUGAUAAGUGGUCCGUCAUCCAGCAAUGGACCAGCGCCAGCUCGUCCUCGUUCUUAUACAACUCGACGACCGUUACUUCCAAGGCUUCCGGGGGGGAACACUACUUUGAGCUGUAUUUUGUCCUGCAGCUAGCGAAUGCCGCGAAUGGGGAGCACAUCUGCCGCAUACGGCCCGUUCACAAGUGGGAGAAUAGGUCCGUGUCGUGCGAAGUGGAACUAGAGCCAGGGAUAUACGAAGUGCUUCCCAAGAUCGCUGCCACUCGCAACGCCGGCGCCAAGAAGGUUGAAGAGGUUGUUAAAGAAUACGCCGAGAAUAAUCCGCAGAAGCUGCGGCAGGUCGGGAUGGCAUAUGACCUUGCGCAUGCUAAGGGGCUAAGGAAGAAGGAAGAGAAGAAGAGCAAGCAUAAGGCAAAACAGAAGAAGGCCAUCGCCAAAGCAGCCAAGGCCACGGGGAAGGCCGCUGAUGCCAUGAGGGAAGUUGUCAAGAACGACGAGAAGACAAACACCCAGAAAGAAGAGAAGGACGGGGCGGCAAAGGAAGAGCCCCGGGCCGACGCUGAGGUAACGGGUCCAAAUGAAACGAAAGACGGCGGAAAGUCGACAGAGGAGCAGAAGCCUGUCCCGCCAUCAACGGAGGGGGGCUCAACUGCCGUUGGCUCUGCAAAGCCGGCAGACGUGCCCAAGACAGAAGCCACUAGCGCGCCAAAGACCGAGGGUCUGAACGAUGCUCCCGUUGGUGAGAAUGACCAGUCUAAAGACGCAGCGACUCAAGAUGUCGUAGACUCGGAGGACCCCGACGCCAAAGCGGACGAUGAAGAGGACGAGGAAAAAGACGAGUCAAAGAGCGAAGACGAAAAGACGGACGAUGAGACUGAUGAUCCUUCCGCAUCCUCCCCCUGGAAUGCAGUCGCGGUUAUAGGUCUUCGCGUCUAUUCACGCGACCCAGAAGUCUCUGUUGCUCUGGUAAAGGCAGCAUAUAAGGACGAGAACACAACAUUGACUGUAGACGGAAAGCCGGCUGGCGCUACCAUGUAA